CUGACACGUCUCUGUUAACACAUCAGUUUCGCAUUUUUGAGUAUCAAACCGUAAAUAGGCACAACUCUUCAUCCUCAAUGUUUGUUUCCUUACUAGAAAUUUUUUCUUUGAUCUGUGUUUUGUUUCAAUUAAAGCUGAGAUUUUUUUUUUUAAUUUUUUUUGGGUGUUUGAUUAAAGUUGAAUCUUUUCCAAAGGACCCCGACUUGCAUUUCUCUCUCUAGAAGGGAGGUAUAAAUUCAGUUUCAAAAAAAAAAAAAAAAAAAGGGAGGUAUAAAUUUUGGCUUUCCCCAUCCGAAACAAACCUGGCGAGACUAGAAGCGAUCUUCAAAUACAACCACCACAAGAAGCUAACAAGAGCGACGAGAAGCAUGUCUCCCACCACAGGAGGGAACGGGCCAUCGGUCCCGAUACUAGGCUUCCUCACAUGCGUCGCGUUUCUAUACCUCUCCUUCGGAGAUUUGUGGCUCGAUUACAACAGGGAGCCCGAGCUAGGGUUCGUGACUCGGAACGGCACGCAGUUCGUGCUGGACGGCAAGCCUCUGUACGUGAACGGGUGGAACUCCUACUGGUUCAUGGACCACGCCGUCAACGAUCACAGCAGGCACCGUGUCGGUGCGAUGCUCGAAGCUGGAUCGAAAAUGGGCCUCACUGUGUGUAGAACAUGGGCCUUUAAUGACGGUGGCUACAAUGCUCUCCAGAUCUCACCUGGCAGAUUCGAUGAACGUGUCUUCAAGGCGUUGGAUCAUGUAAUCGCAGAAGCAAAAACACACGGUGUUAGGUUGCUUCUUAGCUUAGUGAAUAACCUGCAAGCCUAUGGAGGGAAGACUCAGUAUGUGAACUGGGCGUGGCAAGAAGGUGUUGGCCUCAGCUCUUCCAAUGAUUCUUUCUUCUUUGACCCAUCUAUCCGCAGAUACUUCAAGAAUUAUCUCACCGUGCUGCUGACCCGCAAAAACUCGAUAACAGGGAUAGAGUACAGAAACGACCCAACAAUAUUUGCGUGGGAGUUGAUAAACGAGCCUCGUUGCUUGACUGAUAUCUCUGGGGAUACUCUCCAGGACUGGAUUAACGAGAUGACAGCAUUUAUAAAAUCGAUCGACAAGAAGCAUCUUCUAACCGUAGGCCUGGAAGGUUUCUACGGCCCCAAGAGUCCAAAAGGGCUGACGGUUAACCCGGAAAAGUGGGCCUCUGAGCUUGGUUCAGAUUUUGUUAGAAACUCCGAGUCCCCAAACAUUGAUUUUGCAUCGGUUCAUAUCUACCCUGAUCACUGGUUUCACGACCAGGGGUUUGAAGAAAACCUAAAGUUUGCGGUGAAAUGGAUGGAAUCUCACAUGGAAGACGGGGACAAGGAACUGAAGAAGCCUGUUCUCUUCACAGAGUUCGGGCUGUCGAAUAUGAACAAGGACUACGAGCCGUCGCAGCGUGACCGGUUCUACAGAACGAUAUUCGAUGUGGUGUACAAAUCGGCUAAGAGGAAGAGGUCUGGAGCAGGGACUUUGGUGUGGCAGUUUUUGAUACAAGGCAUGGAAGGGUUCAACGAUGAGUUUGGGAUUGUGCCUUGGGAGAAAGAUUCGAUUCAGAGACUGAUGAUGGAGCAGUCUUGCAGAUUGGGUAAGGUGUCAGGACGCCUUUUUCAGGACAAGAAGUCGACGGAAAUAUGUUCCCAUAAACCAUGAUUAUGAUAAUGAUGAGAGAAUUUUGCACUUAACUUAUACAAACAGUAGAAGCUUGAGAUUAAUUUUACUUGGGGGUUUUUAAGACGAUGUCAAUUGCAAAUUUGUAAUAUUUAUCCUUUUGUUUAUUCUAACUUUGGCCCCGUU